UAAGUUCUGUCGUUCAAUUUAAAUAUAAAAAGUUAAUUACUUUCGAAAAGUUUUAGUGCUAUCUAUUCUAUGAUCACUUAGUAUUGGUAGUGAUUUGUGAUAAUACGGGAGUAACAUUGCAAGUGCUAUUACGAAGUUUGAUUUGUAUUACAUUUAUUUAAAUAUUGACAAGUGACGAUCCUGUGAAAGCUGGAAGGAGCAUUAUAAAGAGCAAGCAGAUGGCGGCGAGGCGGGGGAACUUUUUCAUUUCAUCGCGGGGAGCGUUUCUCUGGAGCACGACUUUCAUUAUCUUAAGUGGUAUCGUAUGGGGUGAACGUCAAUGCUACUGGUGCGGGCCCCUGGCGGAGCAGGUGCACCGUAGCCGCCGAGCACCGCCUUGCGACCUUCCCACCAGCCACGUCACCACGUGUGAGCCGGGCCUUGCGUACUGCGCUGUUGUUGCUACGUCACCACCAUACAUCGAAUCAAGAUUGUGCGUUAAACUAUAUCAAGAUGAGUGCUAUCCUUUAUUUUGUAACUCAACAAAGACAUGGAAAAUGACGUGUCCUUGUCGCGACGAUUUAUGUAAUGGUAAUAACACUGAACGUGAGAAGGAUGCAUUCGCUGUUUUAUCAAAACUCGUCGCUAAAUCACAAAAUGUUCGCAUGAAAAAGAGAGAAAUAUCUCCAAAUUUUAAUUCGUCAAAACGUGAUCGCACAGUUAUAAUAACAAACAUAACAGAAUUAAAUCAGACAAACGAGGAAUUAAAUGAGAUAAAUAAAGAUGAUCAAAUGAUAGUCGUAACAGCGAUAACCCGGCCUGAACAAUCUAAACAAGACCUCGGUGUUGAUAACAGCAACUCUACCAGUGUUGAACCUAAAGAAAACCUUAGUACAGAAAAUAGUAUAGAAAAUUCUAGUACUGAAAAUCCAACAACUUCUGAAAACCAGCAAGAAAGUUCUGAAAAUCCUGCCAUUAAAGUAACAACUGAAAAUGUCGACAAAGAAAUUGAUGAUACAAAUCUUGGCUCUACAAGUUCAACAAGUCAAAAUGACAACAAUGAGAAUAAUGUCCGAGAUAUCAGUACUACAAAUUUUAUUACUGAAAUUACGUCACACAAAGAAACCGAAAGCACAACACCUACUACUAUAAUGGCAACAAAAACUGACAUCAAGGAAAACUUAACGAAUAUUAAUAUGAAAUCCAGUGAACAAUUACCGACAGCUGAAGCAUUACAACAAAAUGUUAGUCCAUCUGUUACAAGUACUAAAACUACUGAAUCCAUAAAAUCGGAGUCAACUGAUUCAAGUACUAUAGAGCAUGAAACCACAACAGUGGAACCAGCUAAGGGAGGUGGGAAUUUUGCUAUGCGUUUAUCCUUAAGCACUCAAACUCUUGUAGCAGUAUUAUUUGUUAUUGAAAAUUUGUAAUAAUUACUGUGUUUCACUGUCGUAAUACUUGAAUAAAACAUAUCGUGCCCCUGUUUUUCAAAGAGAACACUGAUCGCUAUAUAUAGUACAGCACAGGCUAUGAGCCGUGGUGUUUUGUGCCUAUUUGAAUUUCACCAUUUUGACGCUAAUGGUAGCAGUUGACAGUUACUUGAAUCGACACUUUUUUAUAAUAAAAAUCUGUCUUUUCAUGAAAUAUGUUUUUCUUAAAGUAUUUCGGCAGUAGUACUAUCGGUUAAAAUUUCGAAUAAAGGCACUUUUUACUAUAUUUUUGCAAUUUAAUAACUUUUAAAUGUUUUUAAAUUUUAAUCACUCUGCACAAAAUGUUAUCAACUGUUAAAAAUGAUCUCUCUUUGCAUUAAGGUGUUCGUUUUAUAAAUCUUGUGAUAUUAG